AUGUGUAAUAUGUGCAUGCGCACUGGGAAUGGUAGAGCUGCUGGACAGCACACUUGGAAUGAGAGAGUUGCUAGACGGCGCAAUGGGAAUGAUAGAGCUGCUAGACAAUGCACUUGGAAUGGCAGAGUUGCUAAACAGUGCACUGGGAAUAAUAGAGUUGCUAGACAGCGCUAUUGGAUUGAUAGGCUGCUAGACUGCGCAUUUUGGAAUGAUAGAACUGCUAGACAGUUCACUGGGAAUGAUAGAGCUUCUAGACAGUGCACUGGGAAUGGUAGAGCUGCUGGACAGCACACUUGGAAUGGUAGAGAUGUUAGACAGCACGCUGGGAAUGGUAGAGUUGCUGGACGAUGCAAUGGGAUUGAUAGGUUGCUCGACAGUGCACUGGGAAUAAUAAAGUUGCUUGUCAGUGCACUGGGAAUCAUAGAGCUUCUAGACAGCGCACUGGGACUGGUAGAGCUGGUGGACAGCGCACUGAGAAUUAUAGAGCUGUUAGACAGUGCACUGGGUAUGAUAGAACUGCUAGACAACGGAAUGGGAAUCAUAGAGUUGCUGGACAACACACUGGGAAUGUUAGAGCUACUAGACAGUGCACUGGGAAUGGUAGAGCUGCUGGACAGUGCACUGGGAAUGGCGGAGCUGCUAGACAGCGCACUGGGAGUGAUAGAGCAGAGGAUCAUUAAACUGGAAAUAAUAGAGCUGCUAGACAGCACUCUGGGAAUCAUGGAGCUUCUAGACAGCGCACUGGGACUGGAAGAGCUGCUGGACAGUGCACUGAGAAUUAUAGAGCUGUUAGACAGUGCACUGGGAAUGAUAAAGCUUCUAGACAGCACACUGGGAAUGAUAGAUCGACUAGACAGUGCACUGAGAAUGGUAGAGCUACUAGACAGCACACUGAGAAUGAUAGAGCUGCUAGACAGUGCACCGGAAAUGGUAGAGCUGCUAGACAGCACACUGGAAAUGAUAGAGUUGCUAGACAGUGCACUCAGAGUAAUUGAGUUACUAGACAGUGCACUUGGGGUAAUAGAGUUGCUCGGCAGCACAUUGGGAAUAGUAGAGCUGCUACACAGUGCAAUGGGAAUGAAGGAGUUGCUAGACAAGCUGCUAGACAGCGCACUUGGAAUGACAGAGUUGCUAGACAGCACACUGGGAAUAACAGAGCUUGUAGACAGUGCACUUGGAAUGAUAGAGUUGCUAGACAGUGCACUGGGAUUGAUAGUGUUGCUAUACAGGGCACUUGGAGUAAUAGAACUGCUAGACAGCGCACUUGGAAUGACAAAGUUGCUAGACAGCACACUGGGAAUAACUGAGCUGUUAGACAGUGCACUUGGAAUGAUAGAGUUGCUAGACAGCACACUUGGAAUGGUAGAGUUGCUGGACAGCACACUGGGAAUGAUAGAGCUGCUAGACAGCACACUGGGAAUGGUAGAGCUGCUGGAAAGCACACUGGAAAUAAUAGAGCAGAGGACAUUACACUGGGAAUGGCAGAGCUAUUAG